ACAGCAAAAAAGCUCCAGAUUGUAAACUACUUAGUAGUUUCACGAAAAGGUAAGCCGAUCAGGGAACCCAAACCUUAAAAAAAACUCUUUCUUCCCCAUUCUUUAAUUUCGUUUUCUUUCACUUUCUCUGCACAUUUUUUUAUGGGAAAAUCCCUUCCCUCCACAACCAGGCUUUACCAACUAGCAAAGUCAACAUCGAAUAGUCUCAAGGCUGCUCAACAAGCAAAACCCACCUCGCAAAAUCCUGGAAUAGGUGAGAAAUCGAAGCAGCAGCCGCUGAGAUUGAAGAAGAAGGAGAUGGAGACGGAAAGCAGCGCAGCAGAGAAGGAGAACAACGGCCGUAUCUCUCUUUCCGAUGUGGUAUCGGAUUGCGUGAAGCGAUGGUUCAAAGAUACGCUCAAGGAGGCCAAAGCUGGGGAUAUCAACAUGCAGGUUUUAGUGGGUCAGAUGUAUUAUAGUGGUUAUGGUGUUCCCAGAGAUGCCCAGAAGGGAAGAAUUUGGAUUACAAGAGCGUCAAGGACUCGAUCCUCUGUUUGGAAAGUUAGUGAUAAGCAUCCAGGUUAUAAUGCAAGUGAUUCAGAUUCAGAUGAAUUAAAAGGUGAUUCUUAGCUAGUUAUGGCUGGACCAUAUCGGCAUCCUCUCCCAUCAAUAUGGUGUCGUGGCUCUGCGGCCUGCUUUUCGCCAGAUUGUGAAUGUAUUUUGUAACAAGAUGUUAUGCUUUUUUUUCCAUCUAGUUGUUUCGGUUUUGCAGGAUUGAUCACUGUAUGAUUGUUUGAUUACCAAUAAUCAGAAACAAUUAUUUGUUAAUUACA